AUGGACAUUCAAAAGGUUGCCACCAUACAAACAUGUCUGGCACUCCGAGCAACACGGCGGCGACACCUGCUGGCGGGCGCGGCAGUGUGCCUCAAGUGAAGGUAGAAGGAGGCGUGGGACGUCUGACGUCCUUGCGAUCCACAGAAGCGACAGGUGGCGCUGCGCGCAAGCUCAAGUUUGUUCCGCGGGUUCAAAAACGUGCCCAGCAAGGUGAAAGCGAGCCCGUGGAGAAAGCUUCGAAGCCGACGUUCCUACCUCGAGGCUCCACAGGCGACAGUGGCGAGUAUGGUGGCCGCGGUGGUCGCGGCGGCCGAGGAGAUGGCGGUGGACGAGGUGGUCGAGGUGGACGUGGGGGUGAAGGCCGUGGUGCGGGUCGUGGCGGAGGUCGCGGGGGCAACCGCCGCGCCAACCUUCCACCGGCAAAGGUCGCGUUCGUCGGUUCAAUGGCUGCAGGUUCGUCCGUGAGUUCUGGCGGUGGCGUGGCCAAGGCCAAGAAGCAACCGCAGUCCACCGAAGUGGGCAUCAGUUUGUUGGAAGAUGGCAUCGACGAUGUGCACGGGGCAGACGUUGAAGUACCGAUUCAGUGGCCUCCUCCGAUUGAAUCAGCCAUGCAACCGAUGGAACUUCCGUUUGGCCGACCACCUCAACACACGAACGACGCUGGUGGCGAUGUCUUUUGCGACGAGACUGGAGCGUUUGUCGUUGGUAACGACACGCUAUUCUUUGUACAGCUGCCUACAACGUUGCCAUACACUGCUCCUUUAUCGGGAGUUGGGAAGGAAACUGCUUCCAAAUCCUCGGAAAAUGGGACCGAAACGAGAUUUGACAAGUCGUUGUCGGCAAUGCCUGGUGGGUACUUGGGCAAGGUAAUCAUGCAUUACAGGAGAACAAAUCAAGUAUUAUCAGGUGGUGACUACAACGUGGAGUUAGAUUAACAUCCACAAAUCUGGCAAAGCCGUGCUGGUAUUGGGGGACAAGACGUUCGACUUGGCGCCGGGCCAGCCGCCGUCGUUCUAUGAGGAAGUGGUGUCGAUCGAUGUCAAGGACAAGCUCCUGUCGAUGCUCGGGCCCGUAGCCACCCACCUCGUGAUCACGCCCGACUUUGAUUCAUUAUUGCAAUAACCAGUUAACAUGUGAAACGUCCGUAACCGGAGGAA